AGGGUUUACCGCGCCCAUUCUCUGCCGUUUGAUGGCCGGAGGAAGCGAUUGAGGUGUUACUGAGAGAGAGCGAGCGAGAGAAAGAGGGAGGGAGGGAAAGAAAGAAAGAGGAAAGGAAGACAAGAAAGAAGGGGGAAUACCUGAAGAAUAUAAGUGCAUAUUGGAUACAUUUUACAAGCCCCAACAAGACAAGCAUAUUCUGUACAUCAUUCGUAGGAAGUAGAUUUUUUUAUAUUGGUCACUUCUUCUGUUUUUUUUUUUUUGUAAGCGGCGGUGGACCUUCCUUCUUUUGCUUGAGGCUGUUGUAUGGAUAUUUUUCUACUUUGUCUACCUUGAUAAGCAGAACAACAAUUAAUAAUAACAAUCGAAACGAGGACGAAGUGUAUUGGGAGUGUCACGCCUCUGUUUUCCGCGAGUCUGUCUGUCUGUCUGUCUGUCUGGCGAGGACGGAGAAGCUGCGGGACAGACUCGAACCCCAGUCCAGCCCCUUAACAUUGCAGGCUUUUCGCGUAGGCAAGUCUCCAGUCAAUGCUAAGGAAACAACGGACAUCCAGACGUAAGAUCUGUGAGUGUCCCGGUCAGAAACAUUAAGCCCCGUUUAACACGGAAAAAAUGAGUGAACUUGACCAAUUACGCCAAGAGGCUGAACAGCUGAAGAACCAGAUCAGAGAUGCUAGAAAGGCUUGUGCUGAUUCCACCCUGUCUCAGAUUACAGCAAACAUCGAUCCAGUGGGUCGAAUUCAGAUGCGAACUAGAAGAACAUUGAGGGGUCAUCUGGCUAAAAUUUAUGCCAUGCACUGGGGUACUGAUUCUCGGCUGUUGGUGAGUGCCUCACAGGAUGGUAAGCUGAUCAUUUGGGAUAGUUACACCACCAACAAGGUUCAUGCCAUUCCCUUACGCUCCUCCUGGGUCAUGACCUGUGCAUAUGCUCCAUCUGGCAACUAUGUAGCUUGUGGUGGACUUGAUAACAUUUGUUCAAUUUACAACCUUAAAACACGUGAAGGAAAUGUACGUGUAAGCCGUGAGCUGGCUGGGCACACAGGUUAUUUGUCCUGUUGUCGUUUUCUUGAUGAUAACCAGAUUGUAACUAGUUCAGGAGAUACCACGUGCGCCCUUUGGGAUAUUGAAACUGGCCAACAGACAACUACAUUUACUGGUCAUACUGGUGAUGUCAUGAGCCUAUCCCUUGCACCAGAUACAAGAUGCUUUGUGUCAGGAGCUUGUGAUGCCUCAGCCAAGCUUUGGGAUAUUAGAGAAGGAAUGUGUCGACAGACAUUUACUGGACACGAAUCUGACAUUAAUGCAAUUUGUUUUUUUCCUAAUGGAAAUGCUUUUGCAACUGGGUCUGAUGAUGCUACCUGCAGACUCUUUGAUCUACGUGCUGACCAGGAACUGAUGGUUUAUUCUCACGACAAUAUCAUUUGUGGCAUCACAUCUGUAGCAUUUUCUAAAAGUGGUCGUUUGCUGCUAGCAGGAUAUGAUGAUUUCAACUGUAAUGUGUGGGAUACCCUUAAAGCAGAUCGUGCUGGUGUACUUGCUGGCCAUGAUAACAGAGUGAGCUGCUUGGGUGUAACUGAUGAUGGUAUGGCUGUUGCAACAGGGUCAUGGGACAGCUUCCUAAAGAUAUGGAACUAAAGCCUUCUGGUGAUGUUUGGACUCCAAAAUAACUGGAAGACGAUUCCAAAGUAAAGGAAAUCAUUGCAUAUCCAAUACUGUCGUACUGACUUGGACCCAGAAAAACUUCAAUAAGUCUUUUUCUCUCUGUAUACAGAAUAAAAGAGCACAAUUAUUUAUGACCUGAUAAAAGAUUUUCUGUGCUAUUUAACAAAACAUUCAGUGCAUUAAUUUGGGACCAUUUUCCAUUUUUUUUAGUCUCAAGAAACAAACACUAUCAUCCAUUGUACAAUACUUAAAACAUGAAAAGUCAUCAUGGAGUUACCUAACUUUUGCUAGUUCCAAAUCAAAUUAUGUUAGUGAACCUGUUGGCUUAUUAAAUAUAAAAAUUUUUCUUGGUCUAAAAUUUAGAGUCCUCUUUGUAGUUGUAUUUAAGUAAAACUUAAAACACUCGCCAUUUUAUAUGUUUCAUCAAGACAGAGUUAUAGAUGUGAUUCAGGGUUGGCUGAUGCGGUAUAUGUAGUCAUUUACUUUCUGUUUUAAAUUCUUUUUUCAUGCAAAGAAGUCUUGUACCUAUAGAAAUUUCUGAAACUGUUACCAAGCCAAGCACAUACUGUUUAAGUUUGAUCAGUGAUUGUUUUAAAUACAUUUACUAAGUUUCAUAUUUCAUCAGUUUUAUUUUUGGUUAAUGUAUAAUAAUUGGGCAAACUCCUGAACUUAUGUACUGUUAUUUUUAUAUUUUUUUGGAAGGUUAUUACAUUUGGAUGUGGUGGAGAAGUAUAAAUUACAAAUAAUUUUUGGCUGUUGUUUUGAUUUAGAUUUUUUCUUUUUUCAUAAAAAAAUCUGUCCCCCCAGUCUCGUUUUAUUCUUUUACAGUUACCACUUUUAAGUAUUGCAGUCAGACUUAUUCCCUGUGUAAGAAAUGUUGUAAAAAUUAAUGUUUGCAAAUAAUGGACUUGAACUUUUUAGGCUAAAAAAA